UAACAUCUCAUAUUAAGAAGUGCUUGUUCAAUUACCUUAUACUUUUUCAAGUUCAUAAUUCAGAACAAGGAAACCAAAAAAUGGACAAAUCCCAAGACAUGAGCCAUCAAGCUGGUCAAGCUAGUGGACAAGCUAAGGAGAAGGCUAGUAACAUGAUGGAUAGUGCAAGCAAUGCUGCUCAAUCUGCCAAAGAAUCUUGCCAAGAGGCUGGCCAACAAAUGCAGGCAAAGGCACAAGGUGCUGCUGAUGCUGCUAAAGACGCAGCUGGGGCUAACAAAUGAAUAUAAUGGAGAUUUCUUCAAGCAACUAUUUAUAUCCCAAACAUUGGUUUUUGGUCUAUAUGCAUAUUUAGUUGCGUAUGCUAUAUUUUGCUUCUAGCAUUUUUUUCCCUUUUCAGAUGGAUAAAUAAGAUUGUUUAUGUAUCAACCACUUGAACGAAGGUCAUAUUUGUUUGUAGAAUUAUCAUAUUAUAGUUUACAAACAACAAUAUAUUAAUGCAAUUUAUGUCCCAUUUUCUUCU